AUGAACUCUAGUUUGGAAGCUUUUAGAAAAUGACAGCAAUUUUGGGACAAGAAAGCUGUAGAGGUUGAACAGAAUCCUUUCGAUAAACAGAAAAUUUGAGAGAGUGAUACAAUGAAGAAUCAAGACGAAAUGUCUACUAAUCAGACUACUUCAAAGCAUUCAAGAGGUAGAUUUAAUGAUUAUAUGACUCAAAAUGUGGACCAAAGAAUAGCUAAUUUUCAAUCUAACAGUUCAAAAGAUAUUUUGGAGCCUCCUUCAAUACCUGAUCUGUCUUGAUUUGAUGAGAGCCACCAAAUAUAUCACCAACAGGUUAAAACUCCUAAAGAAAAUAUGAAUUUCCUUGAAGAUUCUUUUGGUGCAACACAAAGAUCAAGAUCACCUCAUUUACAAGACAAUAUCAUGAAUAGUCCUGAUUUCAAAAUUUCUCAGACUCCUACUCACUCUCAAAGGAAGAAAAAAUUGGUAAGAACUCCAAAGAAGAAUUCAAAUUCUCCACAUGUAAUCGAUGUGAGAGCUGCUCCUUUCGAGAUCAAUGGAGCACCAGCUUGGAAGAAACUUAAUGAUAACAGAGAACUAUUAGUAGAUAAUAAGGAUAAAGCUGAAUUAUACCAUAGUUAUGCAUGCUUUCAUCCUGAUAAGACAGAAGGCGCCUUUAAAUCUCAAAUAAAUGCAGAGACUAUGUUCUCCCCAAGCUCAGGUAACUCUGAUUCUUGGAUUCAAGUCAAAACUAAAAAGUCAAAGAAGAAAGGGAAGAAGACUAGGAAGAGAAAUAAGACCAACAAAAAGGCUCUGAAUAAGUCUCAUAACAGUAAUUACCACGAAUUCUGCCUUAAGUGGCAGAAAGAGAGGAAUAAGGAUCUUAAGAAAAAGAGGAAGCAAAUGGCUUAUAAAAUAAUGGAGGAAUGUACAUUCCAACCGAACAUGCACGGGAAUAAACAGAAACUUACUAGUAAAAGAGGCAGAUAUGAGAAAGGACUCUUUGAACACUUUGGAGUGGAUAGCCACAUUGAAAGAUUACAGAAAGCAAAAUAUGAUCAAGAAAUGGUAAAUAAAAUGAAAGAGAAAGGAUUGACACUAAAUUGAAAAUCAAGGAAUAGACUUCUCAGAGGUAAGAACCCCUCUAUCAAAAUUCCUAAGAGAACAAUUCCAAAGAAACAAAAAUUUAACAAAAGAUUUGUUUUAAAUGAUCUUGAUGCUUCAACGAAUAACCAGUUUAAUAUUACGAGUUGAAAUGAAUUACUCCAUGAUGUUAAUGAUGAGAGAGAAAUCUAUAAUUUCGCUAGGAAUUUAUCAUUCUCAGAUCUGAGCGAGAGAUAUCCUACUCCAAAUGACUCUAUCCUACCUGAGGAGAGUACAGAAUUUAAAGAAGCAGUGAUGAAUUUGCAUAACUUCCUUCAUACUGAUGAAUAGUUUCAAUAUUA